AGGUGCUUUGUGCUGUGCUGCUAAAAUGCGCAAAACGCGGAUUUUUUUCUUAUGCUAAACUAAUACUUUGAAUCUCGAAUGUGAUGUGAGAAAAAGAGUGCCACUGUUUCCAUCUUGAUAAAUGAGCGUUUAAAGCGGCAUCAUGUCUCCUGCGGCGCAUCAUAUCCAGCGAGCGCUCAUCUGUUCUGUUCUUCUCUGGAUGUCGACGCGCUCCUCUUCAACAUCCGAUCUCAAAUCCAGAAUAUCUGGCGUGGAAGAACUGCUGGAGGAGUUCCGUAAGCAGCUACAGCAGGAUGAGUCGGACUCGAGGGAGGAUGAGGAGGAUGGAGACCGCUGUAUCAGUGGCUUCAAGGCGGCGGAGGAGCGCAUCAUCCGCGCCAGCGCGUCCAUCGAGCAGGGCGCCGCGUUCUUGUCCGCCCCGCAGAGGGUGUUCAGCUGGAGGGACUGCGCGCACGCCUGCUGCUCUCACCCGCACUGCACAGCCGCCAUCAUCCAGGAGGACCUCAAGCAGCCCGAUGACAGUUUGCGCUGUUAUCUGUUCAACUGCACGUACAGGGGCAGGAGUGUGUGCUCGUUUUCCUUUCAGCCGGGAUUCAGCACCUACAGUCGGGUGGACAACAGCAGCUCUAGACACCAUGAGCCCAGCCUUGAUUCUGCUGCCACUGACAGCCCAAGCACUUCAGCCGGGAGACCUUCAUAUGGGAUGGAUGAGGGUGGGUUUCUCCGAUUGUACUUCAUAGCGUUACAAAUAGGAAGUCAUAUAUGCACUGUGUCUGAAGUCAUUCUCAGUUUCUCUGUGACUCACCCAGGCCUGCUGAAACUCAGUGGUCUUAGAGAAGGCAUUUAUACCUUUGAGCUGACCGUCACCGACACGGCGGGACAGAAGAGAUCUGACAAUGUGUCUGUCAGUGUGCUCGCCCCUGCACCAAACGCAGAAGUGUGUACAGGUCACUGUUCUCGGUAUCAGUUCAUGUGUGAUGAUGGCUGCUGUAUAGACAUUGGUUAUGCCUGCGAUGGAAAGCAACACUGCCCUGACCGAUCAGAUGAAGAUUUCUGCCAAAAUUUUGAUAGUGGUCAUAAGUCCAACCCCCCCUCUAAACAUGGACCAGAUGUACAAACUGAAGCAGAAGCCCAGACGCCCACAGAAAUACAGCUCAAUGAUAGCCCUAAACCUGAACAACAUCAACAUUAUGACUUCAGUUCGCAAGGUCCCUGUGCAGCACCCUCAGUGGUCGGCCCCUGUAAAGGUGUUUUCUCGCGCUGGUAUUAUGAUUCUAAAACAGGAGAUUGCCAGCACCUCCAGUAUGGGGGCUGCAAAGGAAACCACAACAACUUCCUCCAGAAGUCUGAUUGCAUAAAUGAGUGCAUUCAGAAACCAACAGUAACAAAACAUCAGGGCACUACAACUCUGUUACCCAGUGUGAAAACAUACACACCUCCCAUUGCUUCUGUCCAUAAGGAAAAACUGCAAAAUCCUCUCCCAGAGUCUCAGAAUUCACUGCCAUCGUCUAAAAUACAUCGUGCACUGGAAGGACACCCACCCCCUGAAUCAGGUGCGAUCUUACCCCUGGCUUUGGGUCUGAUCAUCAGCGUUCUGCUCUUACUGAUGGUGGGCUGCAGGCUCUGGCUUGUACGACGCAGACUGAAGAAAGCUUUGCCUCUCACCACAGAAGAGUCUGAUUACCUCAUCAAUGGCAUGUAUCUGUAGCACAACAGCCACCUGCCAAUCAACCCUCCAAUCUGCUGCACCCUUUGUGUGACUGUGUGUGUAGAGGACACAUAAGUUGGCAAAAGAAUCUAAUGCACAGCUAGUCAACCCUGCUCCUGGGGCCAGGUGCACCAGCUGUAUAUGUAAAUUACAGCCUAGUUUUUUUUUUAAAUUGCACCAUUAAACUUGACGUUACA